UAAAAAUAUAAAUAUCAGUAAAAAUUUCUAAUCAACUACUCGUAUACUUGUCAUUAAAAUUGUAAAUCAUAUAAAAUGUAUUUUAAACUAAUACUACUACUACUCAUCUGUAACGUUUUUAAAUUGAGUUUACAAGGUGGCAGGGAAUUUGUUUCAUCAGUGUUACAACCUUCCCGAGGAACUCCGAACUGGUUGUCAUAUGCGGGAAAGACCUACUACAAACAAAUUGUUUUCAAGGGAAACUAUUUUAAAGCUACACAAUUUUGUCGACAACAAGGCAUGCAAUUGUUAAGUAUUAACAGCCAUAUAGAAAACGAACGAAUUGGAAAAUUUAUACUUGAUACAGGUGUUUUAACAGGAUUAUACUGGACGUCGGGUACAAAACUGGUUGGAGAGGAUCAAUGGGUUUGGUUAUCAACAGGCCAACGUAUAUCAUACACAAAUUGGGGUGCUGGUGAACCUUCCGGCAAAACUCCUGAUAAAAUGGUGGAUGAAAACUGUUUGAUCUUUGAUUACUAUAAAGGAAACAAUGCUUGGAACGAUAUGAGUUGCGAUUCCGAUCAGUAUUUUAUUUGUGAAUCUGUAUCAGAAUGUGAUAAAGUUCAAAAUUAAGUUAAUAUAAUCGUCAAUAUUUUAUGUAAUUAAUUGUUCAAUUUACAACAAAUUAGAUACAAUAAAAUCGGC